AUGGCGUCCUACGCGAAAGAACUCGAGAUCGCCCAGCUCGCCGUCCAGCGCGCUGCCAUCCUCACGAAGCGCGUCUUCCACGAAAAAGCCAAGGGCACCGUCGACAAGAAUGACAAGUCCCCCGUCACCAUUGGCGACUUUGGCGCCCAGGCCCUCAUCAUCGCCGCCCUGCGCCACCAUUUCCCCGAAGACGAGAUUGUCGCCGAGGAGGAGGCUGCCCAGCUGCGCCAGGACGACAAGCUCAAGACCCAGAUCUGGGACCUCGCCCAGAUCGCCCAACGGCUCGGCAUCACCCGCCCCAGGGUCCGCAUGGACAGCCAGAGCAAGUACGGCAGCAUCGCCCGCGGCGCCGGCGACAUUUACCUGCGCCUGCCCGUCAGCGCCUCCUACCAGGAGAAGAUCUGGGAUCACGCCGCCGGCGACCUCAUUGUGCGCGAGGCUGGCGGCCACGUCACCGACAUUGCCGGCCAGAGGCUCGACUUCUCCGUCGGCCGGACCCUCGCCAAGAACAAAGGCGUCGUGGCUGCCCCUGCCGCCGUGCACGCCGAGGUGCUCAAGGUUGUGCAGGAAGUGCUGAACCAGAAGACGGCGGCGUAG